AUAUAAGAGCCAAAAAUCAAAGUACAUUUAAAUCGUAAAAAUUUACACAACAAAAAAGUUUAAGUCGCCCUAAAGUAUCCAGACCUGCGCUGGGUCGCAGAAAAGUUCAGCUAGGCCCUAUGAAACGGCAUUCAAACAUACUGGAUUCUCAGUACUCUAAUAAUCCACUCCGAUAAGAAAAAUGAAUGGAUUGCUGCUUAAAAGAAGAUGAAAAAUACAUUCUUACUCCAACAGUCAAAUAGAACCCUCCUUCGACCGUGUUGGAGAAAUUAAUAUUUCCCUCUUUGAGUAAUUUAUGCGGAAUGAUGAAAAAUAUUUAUUUUCGUUAAUACCGUUAUCAAAUACAACAUUUAAAUGGAGAAUUGAUGAGCAUUUACAAGAAGAACAAGUUGAUGGAGUAAUAGAGAGCAAGAUGCUUUACUUGCAAAAAGAUCAAAGCACAUAUAACUAGGAUAAUACAAAUCUAAUGUGUUUUAUUAAAAAUAUUAACAAAGACACCAGCAUGAAUCAAAAAAAAAUCCCAAAGAUUUAGAUGGUAUAAGACAAUUGAAUGUAAUGGUGGAAACAUUUACAGAGUCAUUUAUGAAAAUUGUUGAACCAACAAUCCUAGCUACACUUUAUCCUUUUAUAACAUCUAAUACUAAAAAUGGGAUCAGUUUCAGCUGUAAAGAAAAACAAAUAGUGAUUGAUAUACUUCGAAAUGUUUUUGAAAAAUCCACAGUUAGUCAGUUGAAUCUCUUCUUCAACAUAUAUUCAUUUCUUCUUUUUGAAAUAUAUGAUCACAAGAAGCACACAGUGUUACCAGUGUCUGAAGAAUAUAAACUUAGUAUAAUGAAAUGUACUAAAGCACUAGCCAAAUCUGUUACUACUGAAUUAGUUUCUGAGUUGUAUACAAAAGCACAUGUGCCUAAACUGUGUCAAAUGCUGCAUGUAACCAUUGAAAUUGCCAAAACUGAACAGCUUAAAAGCUUGAGAAUAGCAGCAAUGGAAUGCAUUAUGUGCCUUGCCAGAGUAUAUGAAGAUGAAGAUUUUAUGGAUGUAGUUAUAAGGAAACAAGUGGCAGAAGUAUUUUUAUUUUUUCUCCCAGGAAUAGCCACCGGAUUGAAGCAAAUUGCAUUAGAAGAUGAAAAGAUUGGUCAUGCAGUACCAGUAAUGGCUCUUAGAGCAUGGGGAAGAAUAACAACUUUGUUAAUGCAAGACUACAAUGCAUCAACAACUACUUUCGAAAUUAGUGAGCUUCAGAGGCAGUUAGAAAUGACAGAGGAAUCAAAUAGCGUAAAGAAAAAAUGGACAACAAACGAGGAUAUUGUUAAACAUGUUGAAAGCGUUAAAUUAUCUUCCCAAUGGUAUAGAGAUAAUGAUAAGAAGAUGCAACAUCUUGUUAUUGCGUUCACAAAACUAACACAUCAUUCUCAUCAGAAAGUCCGGUUUGAAUUAGUGGAAAUGUGUAGAAUUAUUCUUGAAAACUGUUUAAGGACAAUGCCAUUGUGUUCAAGCCAUUUGAUUGAAAUUGUUAUAACAUUAACGGAAGAUGAAGAUUUAAUAGUGUCUAAGAAUAGUUAUGCAAUUCUAAAUAAUAUAUCAAAUAGUUUAUCUUCUGACAGGUUUAAAUUGUUAUUAGAAAGCUUAGAAGAUGGGUUUAGUACAGGUAUUAAAUCUUUACCAAGAAAAUUCAACGGUAUAGAUGAGCAAGAACAAAUGGCAUCUUUGAAUCUCCUAAUUGGUUAUUUGAACUUAUUUGGACAACACAAGCUGAAUCAAGUUCUUUUAACACCGAACUGUUUAAACCAGUUGCUAAUGACUCUCAUACAUAUAUCAGAACUAGAAAAAAGUGGCCUCGGAAUGGUUGAAGAGUAUUCUAUCAAAGGGUUAGAUCCAAAAGAAAAGUCAGAUUGCCCGUGGAAGAAAUUUUGUCAUUUUCAAGAUGAUCAAGUUCGCAUAAAAUUGGAGAAAUUAUGUAGCCUACUUGGAAAUUUCGGUAUAUUUAGAAUGGUCAGUGAUUAUUUACUCGACAUAAUUGUAUGUGAUGCAACUCAUAGAAAGGAAGCCAUAUUUAUUCUAAAUGAAACCAUAACAGGUGUUGAUGUAGACGAAAACAAUAUACGAAUAAUCAAGAGUAUAAUAAAUAUUUAUACAGAUCCGAUAUAUUGUCAAUUGCCAUUAACUGUAUCAGUAGAUGAUUAUGGUAACCAAAUAACUUUAGCGCAAGCGCAACAUAAUGCCAUUCAAGUCAGUCUAUUGAUAGAUGGAAUUGGUAAAAUGGCAGUAAUAUUAAAAGAUAAUUUUCAUCAAUUCAUGUUGAAGAUUUUGUAUAUUGUAUUAGAAAGAGCAGGCAGUAGUCACUACCUUGUUAGAUUGGCAGGUUUGUCUGCCUUGAAAGAUAUCACCUUUUCCUGUGGAUAUUCUAAUGUAACGGAAUUAAUAACCCAAAAUAUCGAUUAUUUUUCAUUUCACAUUGAAAGAAGAUUAAAAAAAUCAGAAAAUAAAGAAAACGUUCUAGGGGUGUUUUCAGUAGUUUUACAAUACAGUACUAUGGAUGUUUUGGAGUAUCUUUCGUAUACAGUACAAAAGGUUUUGGUACAAUCUUGUGAUAAAUACAAAGAAACUAACAUUAAAGUUUACUUGGAGGUAUUCAAAGUGUUUGUGAAAUCACUAAGAAGAUGGUUAAACAUUCAAGUUCGAGAAGAUCCUAUUAUAUCAAAAGCUGAAAAAAAUAAAAUUGAAGAGGAAUUUAAAGUAACUGGUGUGAAUGAAGAAAUACUAGAUGACAAUUUUUCCGAUGAUAUUAUGGGAAAAACAGCCGAAGAAAUGUAUGAGGAGGAUAUGAAAAAGAAAUUGGAAGAUUUGGAAAAAGAAAAUGAUAUACCAGAAGUUAAAGAAUAUGAAAAACCAGAACCACCUCUUCACAUCAAAAUCACAGUUUUAAUACUUCAAAGGAGUCUCAAUUUUUUACCUUCUAAAGACAGGUUAAUAAAAUUAUCAGUGUUAGAAAUUUUAUCGAAUGCGUUGGAAAUUAUAAGGGAUUGGGAAGAUGAACUUUUACCGAUAGUACAUCAAAUAUGGUCACCGUUGGUACAAAGAUUUAAAGAACAUAAUGAACCCCUGAUAAUAAAUUUGAGUUUUCAAUUGCUGGAAAUAUUAGCGAGGCUGUCUAAAGAAUUCAUCCGAAUGCGCACAUCAAAGGAAGUGUUGCCAGACAUUCUCAUCGUAUUGGAAAAACUAUCAAAAGACAGUUAUUUAAAAGACAAAGGAUCUGUUUAUAGAUACUCACAAUCAUAUAAACUUCAAGUGACUAUUUUGGAAAGAUUAGGAAAAAUUUUGAUUUACUUGGACGUGUCUGAAGAAAAUAUGAUUAAAGCCUUAAAUUGCGUUAGAAUAUAUUUGAGUAACAAGCAACCAUUACCUUUACAAACCGCAGCCAUAGCAUUUUUCAACAUUUUGGCAAAAUAUGAUCAUGAACUAGUCAGUAAAAAUAUUAACUGUUGGAAAUUGAGCGAUGAAUUUGAUCAAAACAUGAAUACGAUCAUAUCUGCGAUUAAUAUUAGUGAUAAUAACGAUAAGGAUUUAAACUUAGUUCCAGUAACAAGUUAAUGUAGGAAUUUUUUAUACGCCCUAUAUAUUUAUCGAACAAAAGAACUGUUGUGGUCAAAGACUUUAUGUAAAGUUGUUGACAAAUUCAGAAGUAGAUGAAAAUGGUUAUUGCAAUUGCAAUCAUAUUCAUUCAAUGCAAUUUCACCAAUUAAAUAUUCUUCUUCAUCAUAUUUAAUUCAAAAAUCUUUCUUUUGCUCUAACUUUUAUUACAUAUUGUUUUAAUUUAAUUCAGAAAUAAAUAUAGACUCGACUGAUAUAAA